AUGCUCGUUUAUGAUGGCAACAGACCCGUGGAUUUGAUGCUGGGCCCAGAUCUUCUUCAAGCCUCGCUGAAUCCCAGCAUGGGUGCAAGAAUAUUUCCAUUCCAUAGACAUGAUCUUGCUAAAGUUGCCUGGUUGACAAGACCAGCAAAGAUCUUGAAAAGCUUUGGAAGCAUGUUGAUGUCAAAGGCGUAUGGUGUAGCAUUUGCACUAUUGUCAGAUCCAUCCUCAAUUGAAGCAAGAACUUGGAAGCGAUGA